GCCUUUCCAUUCUCCAGCCAUCAUCUCUCUCCUGCCUGGACUGCACUAGGGCACAACAUUUGUUUCCACAAUGCCUGAAAUAGAGAGGAAGCCCAAGAUCUCAGCUUCACGCAAACUCCUUCUAAAGAGUUUGAUGCUGGCUAAAGCCAAAGAAGAAUGGGAACAAGAACAAGUGGACAAACAAGGAGAGAAGGAGAGAUAUUUGGCAGAAAGGAUAACAUCUUUGCAUACUAGUGGGCUUUCUUACUCCCAACUCCAGGAUCUGUGCAGGGAGCUUCAUGAGAAGGUAGACAUUGUGGAUGAAGAGAGAUAUGACAUUGAGGCAAAGUGUAACCAUAACACACGGGAGAUUAAAGACUUGAAAUUGAAGGUGCUUGACCUUAGGGGAAAAUUCAAGCGUCCUCCCUUGCGCCGUGUCCGCGUAUCCGCAGAUGCUAUGCUUAGAGCUCUGCUUGGCUCGAAGCACAAAGUAUCCAUGGACCUGAGAGCCAACCUCAAGUCUGUCAAGAAAGAGGAUACAGAAAAGGAACGCCCAGUAGAAGUUAGUGACUGGCGUAAGAAUGUGGAGGCCAUGUCAGGAAUGGAAGGCAGGAAGAAGAUGUUUGAUGCUGCCAAAUCACCAACCGGACAAUGAGAAGUCAUAUUUCUUUUACAGAAAAAUGAACAGCCCUUCCAUAGAGCCUAAGUGCAUCACUUUUUUUUUUCUUGGUGCUUCCUUUGUCUCACCAUUUUUCUGCAUUAUCUACUGCCCCACAGCAAUUUUGAGUAACAUGGAAGAUUUUAUUACAGGUAGUCUUUGACUUGCAUUCAUUUAGAAGUUAUAACGACACUGAAAAAGGUGACUUAUGACCAUUUUUUACACUUAUGACUGUUGUAGCAUCCCUGUGAUCAUGUGAUCAAAAUUCAGAUGCUUGGCAACUGGCAUGUAUUUAUGACAGUUGCAGUGUCCCAGGGUUAUGUGAUCCCUUUUUGCAAUCUUCUGACAAGCAAUGGGGAAGCCAGAUUCACUUAACAACUGUGUUAGUAACAUAACAACUGCAGUGAUUCAUUUAACAACCAUAGCAAAAAAAAGUUGUAAAACAAGGCAAAACUCACUCAACAACUGUCUUGCUUAGCAAUAUACAUUUUGGGCUUGAUUUUGGGCAAAACCUAUUGGUCAUAAGUUUAGGACUACCUGUACUGCAAUUCAUGCCACCACAUCCUGAUUCAUGCCAUCAGGCCAACAGGAACACUUGCCUUCUUGCUAGCACAUGUCCACACAAUGAUUAUUGUCACAAUUUGUCAGUACGGUACCAUCUCUGCCCUACAGAAAAGAUGGCGAUUCUGAGUUGAUGGCAUUUGAAAUGCAGAAAGAAAGCUGGUGCUUUGUCUGACAUCAUCUCAGAUCAGAUCUUUGCUCAGGAGAUGACAUCGCUUACGGACUGAAAUGCAGCCCAGACUGUAGCUACAGAGGCUUUAGUGCCUGCUCUGUUCAGCAAGAAAAUAUUUCAACCUGUUCCAUGAAAUACAGCUUGGAAUAGGUGACUAUACUUUCUCUGUAUUCCAUUAAAGAAAAACAAAAUGAGUAGCAUCAAGAACAAA